AUGUUGUUGCGGAGGCGAGGACCUGCCAAUUUACAGGUGCAGGGACUGUUUUGGGAUAGAGAUGAGGAAUGGACACAAGACUUCUUCAAGCGUGUCUCACUCAAGUCCCUUGGUCUCCACAUUCAACUUGGUCACAACCCUGGCGAGGUCUGUUUGAACAAACAGAGGGCGAAUGGGGAUGACUUUACCGUUGUUGAUGCCCACGAGAUCCAUGAAAUCGGCCUCGAUUUCUGUGGCUGCGAGACGGUGCAGAUCCAUCACAUCCAACUCCUCCGUGCUCGCUGGUUCCCUGCCACGUCCUCCAAACCUCAAACAGCCACUACAUUUGCUGUUAUGGAGUUUUUUCAUCUACUCUCAUUUGAAUCUAAAGUUUCACCUUAUGAAUUUUACCAUAGUCUUGCCCACCGCACAGAUAAUACCGGGAUUACACCAAUCAAGGAUCGUUAUUCCGCGUUCCUUCGCAUGGUGUGGGAGUGGUGGAACCUGAAACUUCUCAAAUGCUCAGGGAGGGGACACCACCCCAAUGGCAUCGGUACUACACAAGAAGGUGACUGCGUCGUCCUUUGUCCUGCGUGCCUGCAACCAGGGAUAAACCUUCCGGAGGGAUGGGAGAAGGCGGAGCCCAGGUCAAAGUAA